UAAUCUGUACUAUUAUCUUUCAUAUAGGAAUAAUUUAUGAUGUUAUUGUUGAACCUCCAAGUGUUGGCUCUAUGACCGAUGAACAUGGACAUCAGAGGCCAGUAGCCUUCUUGGCCUACAGAGUAAAUGGACAAUAUAUUAUGGAAGGACUCGCAUCCAGCUUCCUGUUCACAAUGGGAGGUUUAGGUUUCAUAAUCCUGGACCGAUCGAAUGCACCAAACAUUCCAAAACUCAAUAGAUUUCUUCUUCUAUUCAUUGGAUUCGUCUGUGUCCUAUUGAGUUUUUUCAUGGCUAGAGUAUUCAUGAGAAUGAAACUGCCGGGAUAUCUGAUGGGUUAAAAUGCCUUUUGGGAUGAAAUCUGUGGAUAUUGGAUUUGCUCCUGCUAAUGAAGUUUUAAAGGCUGUACCAAUCCUCUGACGUGAACUAUGGAAAAGAAUGAAGCAGCAGAAAAGAAGCAUCUAGUGAAAACAUAGGAAGCAUGUUAAAGCUUGAACUAGAAUGUCUUCUUGGUAUCAAAGAGACAAGCUUAUCACAGUAUUUUUCCUGCUGGCCUAUGCCGACGUACCAAUGAUGUUAAGUGGCAUUUUCUUCUUAGUUUUUCAUUUCUUAAAGAAAAUAUACUCCGUUUCUACAGCUGUAAUACUGAAUAAAGUGAUUAUUUUUUACAGCCCCCCUUAACAUUUUUUGGAGAUGAUAUUUGUGACUUUCAAAAAUUAAUGUAAAAUCAGGAAGCGAGAUCCCGUAAGCUGAGAACUCUG